CCGCCGCAGCCGCCGCCACCGCCGCUGCUGUCGUGCGGGAGUGAUCGCAGCCCCUGCCCCGCCGCAGCCCGAGCCCCGGGCGGUCCGUGGCUGCUAUGCGGCUUCGCGGCGUUCGACCUCCACCGGGUUUGCACCGAUUUCUGCCAGACGCCAAGUGGGCUGAGGACUAGAGACACCUGGCCCCGAGUGGGGGACACCACGCUGACCCCGAGGCUGCCGCCCCCCGGAAGGUGCCCGGGAAGGGGCGAUGUGCUGGGCUGCACUCGCUGCCUGUUGAGCCUUCGGAGGUGUCAGCACCUGCCUGGCAGCAGUACCCUGAUCCCGACGUGCCCACGUCUCCCGCUGGAGCCCUUGAGCAAAAGAGACGUCAGGACAAGCCUGAGGGAGCUGGGGAGCACAUCCCUCUGCCCUGACCUGGUGGCAGUUCCUGCUCUGACACCCAACAGCAUUGCAGACCCUCGGCUCCCCUCACACCCCCAACCCGGGCCCCGCAGCCCCCCUGACGCUCCCCCUCUCCACUGGAGCGCGGCAGCCUGCCAGGCCCUGUCCCCAGCCCCUCCCGGGCAUUGCCCCCCGGGUGCAUUGCCCCCAGCCCUCCCGGGGACCCAGCGGCCGCCGGCAGAGCCAUGAAGCUGCAGGCAGUGAUGGAGAACCUGCAGCGGCAGCAGCGCGCACGGCUGCAGCAGGCGCUGGAAGCGCGGCAGCAGGAGCAGCAGCAGCACUCGACACCACCACCCCCGGCGCAGCCCCCUCCAGCCCCGGGACAGACCCUCACCAGCAUCCCAGCCCGCAGCCGCGGCCAGGACCCGGCCCCAGCACCCUCAGAGGAGGGAGCAGAGCCCGAGAGUGCGCACAUCCAGCGGGCACAGAUGGCUGCCCUGGCUGCCAUGCGGGCAGCGGCCGCCGGCCUCAGCCACUCGUCCAGCCCGGGGCUGUCGGAUGAGAGCCAGGCCUCCGAGGAGGAGGAGGAAGAGGAGGAAGAGGGGGAGCGUGGGGAGGAGGAAGAUGGUGGGUUCCAGCAGGAGAUGGGCUCCGAGGAGGAGGAUCUGAAGGGCAAGUGGGAUGAAGACGACUUUGAAGAAGACCUGGGUGAGGAGGAGGAGGAAGAGGAGGAGGAGGAAGAGGAAGAUUACGAGGAGGAGGAAGACAUGGGAGAGGAAGGGCUGAGCUCAGCUGAGGCAGUGCGAGCAGGAGCGGGAUCCCUGCUGCUUCGCAAGCCCCUGGCACCGCAGCACUACCGGGGCGAGCAGCAGCGGCUGCCGGGGGGACCGGAGCGGCUGCCCCCUGGACCGGGCCAGGCACAGCCCCCCCCACCGGCACCUGACCACGGUGACUGGACCUACGAGGAGCAGUUCAAGCAACUGUAUGAGCUGGAUGGUGACCCCAGGAGGAAGGAGUUCCUGGACGACCUCUUCAGCUUCAUGCAGAAGCGAGGGACCCCCGUGAACAGGAUCCCCAUCAUGGCCAAGCAGGUGCUGGAUCUGUACAUGCUGUACACGCUGGUGACAGAGAAGGGCGGCCUGGUGGAGGUGAUCAACAAGAAGCUGUGGAGAGAGAUCACCAAGGGACUGAACCUCCCCACCUCCAUCACCAGCGCUGCCUUCACCCUGCGCACCCAGUACAUGAAGUACCUGUACCCCUACGAAUGUGAGAAGCGGGGACUGAGCAACCCCAACGAGCUGCAGGCAGCCAUCGACAGCAACCGGCGGGAAGGCCGCCGGCAGGGCUUCGGCAGCUCCCUCUUCACCUACUCGCCCAGUGGCACCCAUGGCCUCCUCUCCUCCCCCAAGCUGCCGGUGCCGGCACUGGGUCUGGCCUCAGCCACCAACGGAGGCUCCAUCGCUCCCGUCCAGAAGAUCAAGAAAGAAGAAGACUCUCCCAUCCCCAUCUCCAUGCCCAGCCGGCUGCCCGUCUCGCUGGCUGGACACCCCGUGGUGGCAGCCCAGGCGGCCGCGGUGCAGGUGGCAGCGGCCGCCCAAGCCGUGGCCCUGGAGCAGCUGCGGGAGAAGCUGGAAUCGGGAGAGCCCCCGGAGAAGAAGCUGGCGCUGGUGACGGACGAGCAGCAGCGGCUGAUGCAGCGGGCGCUCCAGCAGAACCUGCUGGCCAUGACUGCCCAGCUGCCCAUGAGCAUCCGCAUCAACAGCCAGGGCACCCGCUCGCCAGAGAACCGCCAGGACUCGGCCGCCGGCGCGGGCAGCAACGGCACCAACAGCAUCAGCAUGUCCGUGGAGAUCAACGGGAUCGUCUACACAGGUGUGCUGUUUGCCCAGACCCCUGGACCUUCCUCCUCCUCCUCCUCCUCGCUGCCCUCCUCUGCCUACACCAAAGGCAACGGUGGUGGCAGCCGGAGCAGCAGCAGCGCGGUGGGGACCGGCGGUGGCACCGUGCCCCCCACCACCCCGGCCAGCCUGGCCGUGCCCCCCAGCUCUACCUCCAACAACGUUUCGCCUUAAUCCCCCCUCCCCAACCCCAGAACCCCCAGACCCUUCCCCCAGCAGCACCGGGCAGCGCUCAGGGGGCCGGGGUCUGGCUGGGGUCUCCGCAGGGUCUGGUUGGGGUCUUGCAAGAGUCUCACUGGGUUCUCCCCAAGCUCUGGUUGGGUUCUGCCCUUGUUCUCCUCUUGGUUUUUCCUUUGCCAGGCAGAAAAGCUUUAGCCCAGGGGGGUUUUGCCGGAGCCGCCGGCUGUCCCGUUGCGCCGCGCCGGUCCGGGACCGUUUUACCUCACUCACAUCACACUUUGCACUGUACAUUUAUUAAUAAUUAUUAUUAUUAUUUUUUUUUUUUUUUUUUUUUUAACUCGUGUUACCUCCAGACAGACGCACGGACGCCUGCCAACGCGAGCUUUAGUGAAACCCCCCCCUUCCCCAGCACUCAAAAAGCAUAAAAAUAAUAAUAAUAAUAAUUGGAAAUCGGGAGAUAUUUUAUUUUUUUCCCCUUUAUUUUGAGGACUCUCUCCUCACUCUCCCGGGUUGGUGUUUUUUUGUUCAGAGCUUGUCCUUUGGUUGUAAAUAGCUUCUAUUUUAUUCUCUGGGAAAAAAAAAAAA